UUCUAAUUUUAUAGGGAGAGUACUAGACGUUCUAGUGUUAGCUUCACCUGCGCCUCUCUAUCCAUCUCCUUAAUCCUCACCCACUUCUCCCUUCCACACCAACUAACAUCAAUGGCGACGCUCCUUCGAAGCGCCAACUUUCGUGCGCCGUCGCCUUCUCUCGCAACCACCACAACCUCUCCAUUGAGAUCAUUCAAUUCAUCCUUUUGUGUUAGUUUCAAAAGUAAUUGCUACACCAGAAAUAGCUCCUUAUACGCCCACAAUUUCCCCUCCAAAUUAUCGGCUACAACCGCUCCGCCAAAGUUUACGAUUUUCUCUUCUUCUGGCGAAGCUACCGAAACUGAAGAAUUUCCUCCGCCUGAGAUCCAGGACGAUACAGAUGGAGGUCUCAACAGUGAAACUGCAGAGGAGGAAGUAAGUGAUGAUAUUGUACCUGAUGCUGAUGAAGCUCCCACAUCACCAGUCAUAACUGCUUUAGAGUUGUAUAAAGAGGCCUUAAAAAAUAAUGAUGAGUCCAAAGUUGAUGAGUUGGAGACAUUCUUUAAAUCAAUUGAAGACGAAAAGGACACGCUUGAAAGAAAAGCGGCCUCUUUGUCUGAAGAUCUUUCAAUAGAAAGAGAUCGUGUUCUCAGGAUUAGUGCAGAUUUUGAUAAUUUCAGGAAGAGAACAGAAAGAGAACGGUCUUCAGUGGUGACAAAUGCAAAGGGAGAGGUUAUAGAAAACUUUUUGGGUGUUUUGGAUAAUUUUGAGAGGGCUAAAUCCCAGCUCAAGAUAGAAUCCGAAUCAGAGGAGAAAAUCAACAAUAGUUACCAGAGCAUAUACAAGCAGUUUGUUGAAAUUUUAGGCUCAAUUGGUGUUGCUCCUGUCGAGACAGUUGGAAAACCUUUUGAUCCAUUGCUACAUGAAGCCAUCAUGCGAGAAGAUUCAACGGUAUAUGAUGAGGGUGUUAUAAUCGAAGAAUACCGUAAAGGGUUUACGCUUGGUGAUAGACUACUACGUCCAGCUAUGGUUAAAGUAUCCGCAGGUCCAGGACCAGAAAAGCCUGAACCAGUUGAGUCAUCAGUACAAAAGGAGGAUGCAACUGAGGACAGUGAAGUUGUGGGUGGGGAAGCUGAUUCCAAGGACCAGACAACUCCUUAAAAUUCACUUUUGUUAGAUUUAGGGAAGAGUUUGAACAGCUUUUAGUGGGAUAACAAUUGUUUCCGCUGCUGUAACAAAAAUCUAUUUUAUUGUUAUUCUUGUUCUCCUGAUUAUGAGAGGACGAUGGUUGUAAAAUUUUGUGUUGCUCAGGAUAUCCGAGAAGAUAGUAAUAGAUUUGACGAAUGAAAUGUAUUGUUGCCAUGAAAAUUUUCUGCGAACCAAAUGAGAGAGGUGGAGCUUUUGUUUUUA